AUGUCCACUGCCGACCACGCUGAUGAUUUGAUCGACUACGAGGAGGAGGAUGAACAAACUCUUCAACAAUCCAACGCGGCCGCAGCAACUGCUACUGCCACAGAAGACAAGGCUGGUGAAGCCAAUGGCAAGGAGGAAGGCGAAGACAAGAAGGACAAGAAGGGAUCCUAUGUUGGUGUCAGCUCUACUGGUUUCCGUGAUUUCUUGCUCAAGCCUGAAUUAUUACGUGCCAUUGUCGAUUGUGGUUUCGAACAUCCUUCUGAAGUGCAACAAGAAUGUAUCCCUCAAUCGAUUCUUGGUAUGGAUGUCCUUUGUCAAGCCAAAUCGGGUAUGGGCAAGACAGCUGUCUUUGUUCUCGCCACGCUUCAACAAAUCGAGCCUGUCGAUGGUGAGGUUUCGGUGAUUGUCCUUUGUCAUACGCGUGAACUUGCCUUCCAGAUCCGCAACGAAUACAAUCGUUUCAGCAAGUACAUUCCUGAUAUUCGUACCGACGUGUUUUAUGGUGGCGUUCCUACUGCCAAGGACAUUGAGAUCUUGAAGGACAAGUCAAAGUGCCCUCACAUCUUGGUUGGUACGCCAGGUCGUAUUUGGGGUCUCGUUCGUGACAAGCAUAUGAAGCUCAACAAUGUCAAGCACUUUGUGUUGGAUGAAUGUGACAAGAUGUUGGAACAACUUGACAUGCGUCGUGAUGUACAAGACAUUUUCCGAUCCACGCCUCACCACAAGCAAGUCAUGAUGUUUUCGGCCACGCUUGCCAAGGAGAUGCGCCCUAUUUGCAAAAAGUUUAUGCAAAACCCGCUCGAGAUCUAUGUUGAUGAUGAGGCCAAGUUGACACUUCAUGGUCUGCAACAAUUCUACAUUCAACUCGACGAACGUGAGAAGAAUCGAAAGUUGAACGACUUGCUCGAUAGCCUCGAAUUCAACCAAGUGUGCAUCUUUGUGCGAUCCGUACCACGUGCCAGAGAACUCGAUCGUAUCUUGACCAGCUGCAACUUCCCCAGCGUAUGCAUCCAUUCCCAAAUGUCCCAAGAAGAUCGUAUCAAGCGAUACAAGUCGUUCAAGGACUUUGAAAAGCGUAUCAUGGUGGCAACCGAUAUCUUUGGUCGUGGUAUCGAUAUUGAACGCGUCAACAUUGUCAUCAAUUACGACAUGCCUGAUAGCGCAGACACUUAUUUACAUCGUGUGGGUCGUGCUGGUCGUUUCGGUACCAAGGGUCUUGGCAUUACAUUUGUCUCCAAUGAAAAGGAUACAGAGGUCCUCAAUGAUGUGCAGAGCCGUUUCGAAAUCAACAUUCAACCUUUGCCUGAAGAUGUCGAUGUCAACUCGUACAUGGCUGCUUAA